AAAACUGUUGCGUAGAAUCCUGCUUUCAGAUCCUGUAUUCACCAACGAACGGUAGUGCUGCACACAAACGCAUCAAACUUCUAACAACACAUCAGAGCGAAAAAAUGCCAAGCUUGCCACGUAUCACAAACGAACUGGACAAUAUGACCAAGGAAGAAAUGCCACCACAAUCUAAGAGGAAAGACUUCAAGUGGCGGCUUCAGCGCAAGCUCAUAAGAAGCCCGAUUUCAGAGAAACUUAAACCUGGGGAGAGCCUGCUCUGGUCACAAUCACUAGAAACUCUUCUUCGAUCAAAAUCUGGUAAAACAACUUUCCAGGCCUUUCUGAAGUCCGAGUUUAGUGACGAGAAUAUUGAAUUCUGGAUAAUCUGCGAGGAGUUCAAGAAAAUCAAGUGCAACUCUCGGCUCAACUCCAGAGCCAAGAAGAUAUUUGAACGCUAUAUCCAGGCUGAAGCUCCAAAAGAGAUCAACAUUGACCACAAAACCAGGGAGCUAAUCAAACAGAACGUGCAGAUCCCAACAAGGUGUUGCUUUGACGAUGCCCAGAAGAUCGUUUUCAGCCUGAUGGAAAAGGACUCGUACCCCAGGUUCCUCCGUUCUGACUUCUACAGAACCCUUCUGGAAUCAGUCUCAUAAGCAGCAAAACGGGAAGGAUGCACCUUGGGAAAAGGGACUCAGACAACCUGGUGGCUCAUCUUUAAGGACUACAGCGGAAGAGUUUGACAAGAACAAAAGCCAGAGCUGGCCCUGACCCUGGACAGUUGGAUUGAUAUGGAUGCGUAGAACUCUUACAUCGGUCACUUCUGCCAUUGGACUGGCCCCAUCUACCUACAUCUGUUGCCCUGCUGCCUUGCGACUUGGCUACACUACAUUCCCAAAAAGCUAAACAACCUGUCACUGGAACUACAAUGCCAAGUUCAUGAGUUAGUCGGUACUUUUUGUAAGAUGAAGAAAUUCCCCAUGGUUCUUUGUAUCUCACUUCCACCAAUAAGAUAUCAUAAGCUAGUUUUACACUAUGGAAUUUCAGCAAUCGUUUGAGAUAAUUACUUUUCGCACAGUACACAAUUAUCCAAGUAAAUUCUGGGUCAAAUUCUAUAACAGACUAUAGCGCAUGAUAAUGCAUGUGAGAUUAUGUGAUAAAGAUACUGCUGUUAUGUUCCACUUACAUCAUCAGUCAGCAUGAUCUGGGGUCAUGGAGAAUGUGACCCAGUCUUCCUACUGGUGGCUUUUAGAGGCGUAUCUAAAUGAGCAAUGCUCCCAUUCUGAGAUCAGUCAUUGCUUUCAGAUGCUGCUAGAACUUUGUGGUCAAGGGUCUUUCAUCACAGUGGAACAAAUCGUCCACCAGUGAGCACAUCACCUUAUGCGUUCUAAGGCUGCAGAUUUUAUCACACGGGUGAAGAAUUCUUUAAAUGAUAUGCGAUUUUGUCCAUGACCGUAAAAUCAAGCAAGCAGAAAUUCGUACAGUGUAAACCUGGCUUUAAUUGCACAACAUUUCAAAUGAGCAAUGUUUUACGUUCUGUAUGACAGUAUAACUGUGCCGAGUUAUGAUGUUAUAAUGAUUUCCUUUUCUACCAAGCAUGGCCAGAGCUCUAGGUAGAAGUACCAGUAGUUCAUUUGACUAACUUGUUUGUGGAAUUUAAAAUGUUUUUGGGAUCUCUGGACAAAAGGUCAGCUGAGAGGAGUUCUCACCAAUAUGUACAUGCAAGUCAGGUCAAUCCCAUUCACUAGCUCUCCUAUAGAGUUGAAGAAAUAACUUGGAUGUAAAUGGUACAAAAGGCAUGACUUUUCUAUCUUGUAUAUAUGUACAUGUUUUUAAAGGUAUGACUAUAUAUUGUAUUGUCACUUUUUAAAUUAUGACUCCAUUAUGGAUACUCUUUUUAUUGGUUAACGUUGGACUUGAAAUGAAGUUUAGGAUCUCCAGAGAGAAGCUCAAUUGAAAGGACUUGUGUGCUAACAAAAUGGCCUAAUUACAUCCAGUAAUUUGUCCACUUAGACAAGACCUGACAUUUAUAUACUGUUUAAACACAUAUUCCACUAUGGGCAUUUAUUUGGGUAAUUCACUGGUUGACAUUACCCAGUAUAUAAAUAAAUGUGUGUGUGGCGACUUCUCUAACUGAUACUAAGACAUACUGAAUAAAUACAAAACUUCCAACAAA